AAUUAUCAUAAUUAUUUCCUUCUCCAGUCAAUCUUGAUCUAUUGAUGAGAGCAGGGAGUAGUAUUGUACUGCUCCCUGAUUGAUAGUACCUCGCGCGAGCACUGCUUCAGACAUCAGCGUUGCUGAACAUUGCGGGAAGAAUGGAUGUUCAGACAAGCUUGAGCUUGUACCGAUUCUCAAGGUUUGGUCUUGACCUAACACCUGCAGCUCAACCUUCAGUUUCGUACGGCUUAAAAACGUCUGGAAAUGGUUCGGAUUUUAUCGUUGUGGAGGAGAAUUUGAGAGGAGAGAGAGCAAGUGUAGAGUGUCAGAAAGUGCCAAAGCGUUCCACUUUAACACGGUCAGGACAUGAUUGCAGGAGUAUCAGUGAAGGCAGGAACGAUGUUUGUAGGCCAGAUAGCAUCGAUGGUGCCCCAUCGCAUGCAAAGAGGCGUAAAGUUGAAUCCAAUAGCUGCUCCGGAGAUACAGAGUAUAAUGGUUGGAAUUCUGGAAAUUCCCGCGUUUGCUGGACGGUGCUUAGAAAGUUAGUAGCGGAGGAAUGUCUGAGGGACCUUGUACGCUUAGCUACACUGGCUGUUCGCUCUAUGCAUAACCGAACAAAUUCACAAGAUGCUGAUGGCCAGAAUGUGGACUAUGAACCUGGCUUGAAGACUCGGGUAGUCCUUCGUAAAUGCCGUGAUGGCGGCAGCGGUAGUACUGGCAAUGAUAUGCUGGAUGGCAAGCUCUAUCGCACAAUGGUCCACCGCUGUGUGCGUACUGUAUUUCCACAGCUAGCGACAUGUACGGACCAGUCAACGGACCCUGACGCAAUCAUGGUAACGAUUGAUCCGUGCUUCAAUGCAUUGUGCUGUGCGUGCAAGAGUACCACAGAUGCACUGUGCAUUCUUUGGUUCCAUCAUAGCAACUGUUACCGACCAACUCUGGCGAAGAAUGAGCAAACCCUGGACGUGUGUGUUGGUAUAGAGCGAGAACAGCGUGCUGCAAUUCAUCACACUAUACGCCAGCAUUUCGGUAAAUCACUAGAAUCCAAAACACGGCAGAACUGUGCUGCAGCAGCAGCGGCGGCAUCACCAGCAUCACCUACUGUAUGCCAUCCUGCAGCUAGUGCUUUGCUACUGCCUUGCGAGUAUGACCAGUUGCCAAUGACAACCUCACCGUGUGAAGAUCCUACGCACCCGGACAAGUGCGACCCUUGUUUCACUACGACACAUGAGCAAAGCCGUAAGCAACAGCAGCAGGAAUCACGGGAACACGAGCCACGGCCUCAACAGGAACGGCAGCCAGUUGACCUUGCUACAGAUAGCAGGGAACUGCAGCAAUCGUGUAUUCAAGUGCGAUAUCGUUCCCGACCAUCAUCAGCCAAGUACAGCAAACAAUCAGAUGUGACCUAUUUACAUUUUGCGCUGGAGAAGCGCAAUAUGGAGACUCUUGCCGCUCUCCGCCUCUUGACAGUUUCUCUUGGCGUUCGGCUCUGCGAUUUUGCGUAUGCUGGUACAAAGGAUUGUCAGGCGCGUACUUGCCAGUUUGUAUCUCUGAAGAAUGGCCGUGCUGAAGAGUUGCGUGCCCUUGCUGACUAUCUGUCAACAAAGAACAUCAGAACAGGUAGCUACUCAUAUCAUCCAGCACCUCUGGCAUUGGGUGACUUGUGUGGAAACCAUUUUGAGAUCAUUGCGCACAACCUGACGUCCUCGUGUCACUCAACGUCCUCUUCUCCGCCACAGGAUCUGAUGAGCAGUCUAGCAUCGCGAGCAGCAUCUUCACAGCAACCAAGUUAUCAUCUACCUGUGAAGACGUGUGCAGAAACAACAGCGUUAGCACCGGCAUCGACUACAGCACUACCAGGAACGGGAAUAGCAACGGCAGCAGCAACAAGAGAAACAACAUCCGCAACCGCAGGACCUACACCGGGAGAAGCCAUGCCGAAGGUUGUAUCAACAUCGGUAUCGACGCUGCCGCCCUGUGAUAGUGGUAGUAGCAGAACGACCAGCAGCAGCGCCGGCGAUGGCAGCAACAACAGCAGCGAUGGCAGCGACGGCGAUGGCACCAACAACAGCAGCGGUGGUGGUGGCAGCAACAGCAGCGAUGGCACCAACAACAGCAGCGGUGGUGGUGGCACCAACAACAGCAGCGGUGGUGGUGGCACCAACAACAGCAGCGGUGGUGGUGGUGGUGGCAGCAACAGCAGCAGCGGCGGUGGCAACAACAGCGGCAGCGGCGGUGGUGGCAGCAACAGCGGCGGUGGUGGCAGCAACAGCGGCGGUGGUGGCAGCAACAGCGGCGGUGAUGGCAGCAACAGCGGCGGUGGUGGCAGCAACAGCGGCGGUGGUGGCAGCAACAGCAGCAGCGGCGGUGGUGGCAGCAACAGCAGCGGCGGAGGCAGUACAAUCCAGGGCAAUAGCGACGGCAAAAGCAGCAGCAGUGUUGGUGUCAACGUAUCCGACUUGCAGCGGCGUGUGGACAGUGUACAUCACCAUGGAGGUUUCAUCAAUUACUUUGGUCCACAACGAUUCGGUGCUGCUUACCAUGGUGCGGCAUCACAUCAGAUAGGCCUCGCUCUGUUGCGCAAUGAUAUGGAGGCUGCUAUUCAACUGUUCCUUGCUCCAGCUGAUCAGUGCAGGACAGUCGCAGAUGAAGAGAGCUGUGGAACAGUAAUGCCGCCAUCAUCCUUAAGUACAGAUGGUCAUGCUAAUGGCCACAGUGAGGAUAAAGAUAUCGCAAGAAGUAGUGACCAUACCGAAGGUGAGAGUGUUACGACAGUUGCCUCUGAUACAUCAUAUGGCAACACAGAUGACUCUGGAGCAAAUGCUGCAAAGCUCUAUUACAGUCAGACUGGUGAUGCCAGAGGCACUCUAAAAAUGAUGCCCAGUCACUACACACGCGAACGUCUCGUACUGUCGUCCCUAGUGCGCUAUGCUGACAGGCCAGAGCGCUAUCGGAAUGCCAUCAUGACUUUGCCGCACGAUGUCCGGUCGUUCUAUGUGCAUGCGUACUCUAGCCGCCUGUGGAAUGCAUGCGCAUCGUAUCGCUGGCAGCGCUACGGGCACCGAGUUGCUGCCGGUGAUAUGGUAGAGGUGCAUGCGAUUGCAGAUCAUAAUACCACUGAUCACGGUGAUGUGAAAGGAACGCUGCAGCACCAGCACCCGCAGCAGCAGCAGCAGCACACCAACAAUGCAUCUGUGCAGAGCAGUGGCUGUACUACUAGUAUACAUCCCACUGCCACUGCUACUAGCACUGACGGCAGCUGCUCAUCUCUACCCGCUACUCAGCCAGCAGUAACAGCUCAUACCUCUACUGUGGGCCAAUCUCUGCAAAGCACUCAAGCAAGGUGUGAGCAUUCCAAUCGUCGUGACGAGAGGAAGAAAGCUCAGCGCUGUUACCGCAUCAUCAGUACGAGUGAAUCCACGGAUAGCUACAGUCACAUACCAUUAACAGAUGUGGUCAUACCGAUAUUGGGCAGUAAAGGUAUAGAGCGCUCGUCCAAUCUUUACGACCUUGUUUUGGCUUACCUGGAGCAAGAUGGUCUCAGCCCAGACAUGUUCAACAUUGCCUCGCUUAGCCUUCGUGUAACGGGCUCGAAACGGCCAUUCGUCGCUUCCCCUCGUGACUUGCAGUGGCGUCCGGUAAUGCAGUGUUCGUGUUCAAGUGGACCAGCAGCUUUACGCCACCACUCUGGCUCGCUGGCCAAGAGCACGAACAACAGCGCAAGCACCAACAAAGGCAGUAGUGCUACCGGCAAUGACCCCAGCGUCCCGAUAGGUAGCAGCAGUGGUAACAAUAGUGGUAUCGAUGAUGGUGGCGACGACGGUGGUGUUGUGACAAGCCAGCCUACCCGCUAUGACAGCUGCCAGCACUCCCACUCCUCUGCUCACACCAAGCCUGACUUAGAGCAGAGUCUAGUUACUUGCCCAGCGGAGCAAAGUCACGGCCAUGUGAAUAUGGACUGCACAGACUUGAACCAUGCUACCCAUGAACUACCGAGUGGUGUGUUGUGUACUUGCGUGAAGUUUGCAUUCUUCCUGCAGCCAUCUACCUAUGCUACUACUCUAUUCCAUCAUAUCUUUAGCAAUGCGCAGCAUAGGUAAGAGAAUGAUGCCGUAUAGCAGUGGCUCAGUGCAGUCAAGCGCUGUAGUCACAGCAAUGGCUCGGUUAUGCUCUACCCAUGUGCGUUCUAUACACAGAAAAACAGACGGCUUUAGCCAAGCGCAGCAUUAGCCUAGUACAGCGUACGUGGUGAUGUUGACGUACAGGAUGCCAGUGUGGCCCUGUUCAUUGCUCAAGUGAACACUUCAUUUCAUCUUGCAACCCUACAAGCUUGACCCAAAGCGUCUUUCUUGUUUUCUUCUCAGGUUUAAAUAUAUAUAUAUCAACAGAUGGGUAUCACGCUCCUCGGCUUUCACCUUGUUGAGCACUCUCAGUAGGCUGCUCUAGUGCUGCUGCAUCGCGCAAUGCCCGCUACAUUUUGUAGUUUGAGCACUCUGGCGCUAGAGCGACGAGCUACCUUAAUGUCUGUGGUGCCUCCUUUGCACCAUGGCUGAUAGCUCGGCCUAUUUAGCUCGUAGCUGUACUGAUGAGGCCUUUAUGGCCGAAACAGCUUGCUGUCUACAGCAUUGGGUAUCAACAGAUGAAAUAUUUCUGCGAUUUUAUAACCAAGACUUCCUCGUAGAUUUUAUUUAUAAUAAUACUUCUCGGCUAGGGGUAUCCCCUCUUCUUCUUCUUUUACUAGAAGUAGGAGAUUCGUUGUUGUUUUUUUUCUAUUACAAAUUUGUACUUGUACAUUGAGUACUUCAACGUGAUUUCAGUACUUUGCACACAUCAAACAGA